AGGUCGCUGCGCGCCAUGGCCGCGUCGGUGUGGUGCUGCCUGCGGUGCUGCCGGGACGGCGGGACGGGCCACAUUCCGCUGAAGGAAAUGCCGGCCGUGCAGCUGGACACGCAGCACAUGGGAACAGACGUUGUCAUUGUGAAAAAUGGAAGAAGAAUAUGUGGAACCGGAGGUUGUUUAGCCAGUGCACCUUUACAUCAAAACAAAAGCUACUUUGAAUUCAAAAUCCAGUCCACAGGAGUCUGGGGCAUAGGUGUUGCAACUCAGAAGGUUAACCUGAACCAGAUUCCUCUUGGCCGAGACAUGCACAGCCUGGUGAUGAGAAAUGACGGAGCCCUGUACCACAACAAUGAAGAGAAAAACAGGCUGCCAGCAAACAGCCUUCCUCAGGAGGGAGAUGUGGUGGGUAUUACAUACGACCAUGUAGAAUUAAAUGUGUAUUUGAAUGGAAAAAACAUGCAUUGCCCAGCAUCAGGUAUACGUGGGACAGUGUAUCCAGUUGUAUAUGUUGAUGACAGUGCAAUUUUGGAUUGCCAGUUCAGUGACUUUUAUCAUACUCCUCCACCCGGAUUUGAGAAGAUACUAUUUGAGCAGCAAAUCUUCUGAAUGUAUUUGCUUUUAAAACUUGUACUUCUGCACUGUUACACAAGUGUUUACUACUUAAUAAAGCUUUAUCAGAAAUAUAGAAGAAAAUAUAUUCUUAAAA